ACCGAUGAAUACUGACGAUGUACCUGAUGAUGACUGUGUAUUUGUGGGAAAUCUUCCUUUUGAUUGUUCGGAAGAAGAAGUAUAUGAUGUUUUUUCAUCCUGUGGAAAUGUGAAGGAAGUACGCAUGCCAUUUGAUAGAGAGGCAAAUAGACUGAAAGGAUUUGCGUUUGUAUCAAUGGAGAGCCCAAUGGCAGCUCGGAAGGCUUGCGAUAUGAAUGAGCAAGCAGAUAUUCGAGGCAGGAAGUUAAGAAUUAACCUUUCCACGUCGAAACGCUCAUCACCACCUUCAAGAAACGGAAGAGGCGGUUUUCGUGGUCGGGGUAACUCGACAGGUGGAUUUCGUGGAGACUUUCGUGGACGCGGAAGUUUCCGUGGAGGUCAUGGAGGUCCAACGCCACAAAAGGUUGCUUUUCAAACGCCUCAACAACAGAACAGCAAAAUUAGGUUUGAUGUAGAUGAAUAGAGUCGCUCAGUUGAUGAUGAUACUUUACGACAAGGACCGACUUCGAAAGAACAGUUUGUAUUCAACAAAGUAAAUGAGAAAAUUCUGAAUUUUCAGAU